GAAAUUAUAUUGUUCAUUAUAGGAACCUCCAGCAGGCAAUUGAAAAUGGGUUGAUAGUUGAUAAAGUGCAUAGAGUUUUAGAGUUCAGUCAGUCUGCAUGGUUGGCAGAUUACAUUAACUUAAACACUGAGAUGAGGAAGAAGGCAAAGAAUGACUUUGAGAAAGACUUUUUCAAAUUAAUGAAUAACGCGGUAUUUGGGAAGACUAUGCAAUCGAAAAGGAAGGAAAUGAAGAUGGAGUUAGUGUCCUGUGAGAGACGACUACAAAAACUUAUUAAUAAUAUGAGAUUUAAGCAUGCGAUUAGAUAUAGCGAAAACCUGACCGCGGUCGCACUAGAAAACAAAAUAAUAAAAUUUGAUAAGCCUAUAUAUAUUGGAUUUGCUGUACUUGACAUUUCCAAGACGAUGAUGUACGAUUAUCAUUAUAAUGUUAUGAAGAAACAUUAUAAUGAUAAUAUCGAACUUAUGUAUACUGAUACUGAUUCGUUGGUAUAUCUUAUUAAAACUGAGGACUUUUAUGCAGACUUGGCUGCUAAUGCUAACCUGCUGGACCGGAUGGACACUGCUAACCUGCCCAGUAACCAUCCGUGUUAUGUGGCAGGAAGGAAGAAGACCCCCGGUUACUUCUCCGAUGAGGUAAACGGAAAUGUUAUUAGCGACUUCUGUGCGUUGAGAGCAAAAUCCUACGCUUUCAACGUAUAUACUGGACCGGAGGACAGACUUGGUGGUGAAAAGAUCAAGGCGAAGGGGAUAAGAGGUCAUGUGGUUAAAAACCACAUGACUCUUGAGGAUCAUAGGAAGUGUCUGUUUGAUGAAGAAGGAUUAGAAUUGUAUAGGGAAAACAUAUCAAUACGGUCAUUCAACCACCAACUAAUGACGAUUAAGACCAAGAAGCUGACUUAUAACAGCUAUGACGACAAGAGGGUGGUGCUAGAAGAUAAAGUGCACACAUUAGCGCAUGGCCAUUAUAGUAUAGAGGAAGAUGAUUGGCCUGAAUUAGAUGAAGAAGGACAGAACUGGAACGAGGGAGAGAAAGGUUUAAUGAGGGGCCUUCUACAAUGCAUAACAUAAUUUAUAACCUAUAUAUAUAUUUUUUUUUUUUUUUUAAAUAGUUUUAU